UGUAAACAAUGUCACAACGGUGCGGCAGUUCACUUUUGCUGAAACCAACGCGAGAUUUAGAACAGAAUUGGGAUAUUGACGUUGCAUCGGAACUAGAAGCUUAUUUGAACCAAGUGGAAGAGCAAGUCACUAGGGCUAAGGAGGGCCUAGACGGAUGCGGUGUUGGUGAUACUGAGGAUGACGAACCCUAUCAAAUAAACUUUGUUGAGGCUGCUUUAAUGCUUCAAUGUGGAACAUCCGUUUACUCUAAAAAAGUAGAAUAUUUGCUGGCUUUAACUUACAAAACCUUGCAGAAUUUUUCUUCAUUUACUCGAAAAGGAAUAUCUUGCUCAGAUACAUUACCGAGAAGAACUGGGAAGGCUUGGGGUCGUCGACCAGGAAAGUCUUCCGAUGAUUGGGAUAAUAUGGAUAUUCUUUUUAUUCCUUGGAAUGCUAUUACUCCAACCAAAGCAGACGAUUAUAUAUCUAACGUAAAAUUAGACAAUGGAAUUGUACAAUGCCCGUAUAUUCAUAAUUUGUUGCAAAAAAGUGUACCAACAAACGCCGCUUGUGAAAAAGCUCCUUUGCGUCUUAUGGACAUUAAGUUACAACACCACUCUAAAAUGCACAUAAUGCCUCUACUACUUGUACCACGAGACGAUCGAAACGAACUAAGGGUCACAUCGUUACCAACUCAUCCUAAAACGGGUUCGCUUUUAGUCGAUUCUCAAGAUGUCAUUUGGAGUGAGCAGUUCAGCUUGACAACAGAAGAUGCUCAAAUUUGUGACCAUAAUAUUAGUACAGGUCUUUCAGAAACUCCUCGACCUUCCACGUCAUGCUAUACCCAAGGACUCGACUCAUCAAAUACCUUGUUACCACUUAGCGAACGAACUCCACUCCCAGCAAGUUCAAGGCAAAUUAAUGAUACAAAUACAAUGACAGUUUCAGGUAGUCAUGCGUUUCAUUCGACGACAAGAACAAAUUACGAUAUGGACGCCACUCUUGUUUCCAAAGAGACGAAUCCCGUAUUUAAAAUAAAGUCACGUUUAGCACAAAAUCCUUUACAACGGUUAAAUUGUCAUCAACAACUUGGACGAAAUAGACCGCAGAAAGUGGGAAACACAUCAAGAAAGCUGAAUCAGGAAAUUUAUCUUUCUCCAACGGAUACUCUUCAAAGUGAUUCUCUUUUAAUGUUCACUCUAUUGCAGCGUUCUACAUUAGCUAGUUUUAGUUCUAUGGAAAAAUCUAUUACUUUUGCCGAACGCCAAACGCCAUCUGCAACAAAACUAAUUCCAACGUUUCCUGAUUUAAAAAGUCCUAAUUUUCUACUAGCAGAUGCUUACCGUUUGGGCUCAACAUGGUGUUUUUUGGAAAAUACUUUUAUUUCCACAUUUCGUUCAACUUGCAUGUCUCAUCCGGCCUCAUCCGAUAUAGAGAUGCAAUUAAAUAGAGAAGGAAACCUUCAACGUUGCAACGAAAACGAUUGGGAGGCUGUUCCAGCAACUCUUAAAGAAACGGAAUCAACAACAUAUGAUUCUUUAACGGAUAUACAGCAAGAACCCGACGCAACUGAAUUGAAUCCAGACGUCAGUCUUGAAACUUCACUAGGUAUCGAUACCGACAUUGAAGCAGCAGUGAUGGGGGGGCAUGCAACGUAUUCAGAUAUGUUGCAAAAGUCGUUCGGUAAUGGGUCAUUGCGAGUUUCUCUUGGGGAUUCUAUGAUGGAUAACGAUAGUAAAACAGGCUUACGUCAAAGAGUAGCGAUUUGGCGUACUAAUGUUGAUCGUUGGUUGCAAAAAGUAAAUACAUUUCCUUCCUUCGAUGUUGGAGUGUAUAAAAUAAAUUUAGCAAACAGCAUCCAUGACACCCAGCAAUCAAGUACCGAAACUGUUUCUUUUCAAGAAGUAGUUUCUGGUCGUACUCGCUCUGAAGUGUGUCGGUAUUUUCUCACAGCGUUACUUUUGUGUGAUGAAAAAAAAAUUGUGAUUUCCCCAAAAAGUGGACAAGAAUCCAACUUUGACAUACUUCCUGUUGUGUCGGACGAAAUUACCAACGAGUAUGCUUACUGUGCACAGUCUGACUCUAUAUGUGGUUUGUUUUACAGAAAAAAAAUUGCAGCUAAUUCAAAAGUUACGGAGCGUAUAACCAAAUUUCAUGGGAAAUAUUCAAAAAAACGACAUAAAAAAUCAGCGGGAAUAAGUUAACCAAAAAAAAAAAUUUGUUUAUGCUUUUUUUUUGGCUAGUUUACAAAAAAAAAAGAGUCUAUUUAAGGCUACGUGACAUUAAAGCUUCGCUAACUCUAGUCGCAU